AUGUCCAAAAAACGCAUUGUUUAUCAACCUACGGAUGUAGUCCUGGCUAAGGUCAAAGGUUUUCCUGCCUGGCCUGCGAUGGUUGUUCCUGAAGAAAUAAUUCCCGAAAAUGUGCUGAAAGAGAGGCUUGGGAAACCUACUCUGGAUGAAAUAGAAGAUGAAAAUGAUCCCAACAAUUACGUGGUUUACAACGAGCAUUUGAAGUUUCGUAAGAACUUUAAGCCCCAUAAUUCGUAUUGUAUCAAGUUUUUCUGCGACGACUCCUACAUAUGGCUUAAACCUGUGGACUUUAAACCUUUGAGUACAGAACAAUGCACCAACUGGCUACGAAAUUCCAAAAAACAGAGCAAGAAACUGAUACCAGCAUAUGAAAUGGCCGCCAAGGCACCCCAGGGCAUCGAUGUAUGGGAAUUUAUUGAGUACGGGUCUCAGGGCAAACCGGAGGAGGAAGAGUAUGUCGAUGAAGGACCGGAAGAAAGUGCGCGAAAUGAAGACAACGAAGAAGAAUUGUUGAGUGAGCCAUUGAGCGCUGUAUCGGAAUCGGAUUACGAUGAGGGAGACCAGGUACGUAAGGGCAGUCGAUCUAGCAAAAGGCAAGCAAAGGCAAAAGCAAAAGACAAAGCGAAAGGCCGUCAGACACGGAAGCGUCGCGCCGCCCAUGAUGAAGAAGAUAACGCACUUGAUACAUUUGAAGAAUUGCAAGAAGAGCCAAAGUCGACCUCACGCUCCAAAAAGAAAAAACCUUCCUCAAAGGUUAAACACGAAGUUCCAAAAUACAAAUUCGAAGAUGACGAAGCUUGGUCUAUAGUAGGGCUGGGCCCUCAGGAACCGUCAUCAUCCGCCUCGAACUCUAUUGUCAACAAGCUUUCGCAAAAGAAAAAUCUAGAGAUUCAUAACGAAAUCAAAGCAGAUCUGAUAGACAAACUGGGUUUUGUCAAUAAGUUAAUGGGCGAACUUAUAUUCAAAAAAACUGGAAACGACGAUCAUGAAGAAUAUCAUAUGCUCGUUGAUGAACUUGAACAAUGUUCAGCGCUUCGAGGCUCUCAAGAUGAAUUGAUAACGGUAUUCUUCUCUGAUCAAGAGCUCGUUACCAACUUGAGUGCACUAUUCAAUUUGAAACAAAGUUAUCUUCGCGAAACUGGACUCUACAAUAGGCUACAGGAGUGGUUCACCAGCAUCUUCGGAUAUCCAUACAUUGUGAGCCCUGAAAUCUGGAAUGUUGACAAUGUGAAUGGGAAAGAGGAGCAUGACAUUCAAGAGGAAGAAAAGCAACCCAUUCCCAAUGGCAUCGAGCAAGUAGCAGCCACCUGA